UAAUGUAGGGUUGACUGUACAGAUCGGGCAACCAGGCCAAUUAGGCUCAAAGCCCCCUGCCGAGACGUAAUUCCUCCCAUCCGGAAGGUGGCAUGAUCGGGAUGAUAUUCCGAGACGUUGCCUUUUACGCUCGCGGAGCCAGAGUCAUUGUCCAGAUUCGCCUAGUUGGCAAUAUGUUGGCGACAACUUUCCCCCCCAGGCUUGCAGAACUACGAUGGCCAUUGAGGCUGUAACCUAGUAUCGCCCAUCUCGCUACACUUUCUCGCUGUAUCUGUUGCAACAUGGCGCAAUUCACUCUCACGAGUUGCGAUACAACCCAAGCCACCUCAAAGGUGUGCAUCUUCGCCAUUUUCCAUGGGAUCUUCCUUCUACCUUUAGUCCACAUUUCUCACUUUCGUUCAAUCUUAUUCUCCCUCGUUUUGUGCUGUCGCCUCCUUGCGGUGUAGGGUAGAGUUCGCGAUGGCAUUCUCUAAGGCGUUGAUCCUCGGAACGCUAGGCUUGGUACCGCAGGCGCUGGGAGCAACCCUUCUUGCAUCCCACUACACUGGCAAGAUCUUCUCGCUUUCUUAUACGGGCGGUGGUAGUAAUGCCACUUUAGUCAACAAGUCAUCGGCGUCAGGAUGCGGAACUUUGCCGGCGUGGCUGCACGUGAGCCCAGGCUCGCCGACCGUGUACAGCAUCGAUGAGGACUGGAAUGGAAGUGGUGUCUUGGCGUCCUACUCGAUCGAGUCCGACGGCAGCUUGAAGCAGAGCGGACGAGCUGUCACUCCGGGUGCUAGCGUUCACGGUACGCCGUAUGGCGGCACGGGAGACAACCCUGCAUUCAUAGCUACAGUUGAAUAUGACCCUUCAACUGUAACGACGUACAAGCUUCCUCUCAGCAACGGCUCAGCCAUUCUGCACACCACAAAAUUCAACAUGUCGGAGCCCGGCCCCAACGCGCGACAGAACGCGCCUCACCCGCACGCCGCUCAGCUCGACCCGACCGGCCGCUACAUCAUCAUUCCGGACCUGGGAGCUGAUUUAAUCCGCAUCUUUAGCAUUGAUGCCGAAACCGGUAGUCUGACAGCGUGUGAAGCCGGCGUUGCCGACCCAGGCGACGGACCGCGCCACGGCACCUGGUGGUCGCCAGACCCGGAGUCCACGGACGGCCAGAGACUGUACACAGUGAACGAGCUCGGAAACUCGGUGUCGGCGUGGACGGUCUCGUACCCCGAAGAAGAAGGAGGGUGCCUGGCGCUGAAGAAAACCCAGACACUCGCAACAUACGCGGAGGGCAGCGCCGCAGCCCCCAACGGGUCCAAGGCGGCCGAGGUCCACGUAUCGGGCAACUUCCUGUACGCCGCUAACCGCGCGGACGAGACCUUCGGCCCGCAGAAUGACUCCCUCGUCACGUACAGCAUCGACGCCAGCUCCGGCGACAUCAAGUUCGUCGAGGCCACACCCGCGCACGCCUGGUUCCCGCGCACUUUCUCCAUCAAUAAGGCGGGGACCCUGGUCGCGGUCGGCGGGCAGACGAGCAGCAAUGUGGCGAUUAUUGCGCGCGAUCCCGAGACGGGGAAGUUGGGGGAGCUGCUGGCUGAUCUGAAGGUUGCGACGCCGGGGACGCCGCAGCAGGAGGAUGGGCUGAGUGCUGUUGUGUGGGUUGAGUAGAAUGCCUAGGUUCUUGGGUAGGUAGGGAUGUAGAGUGAGGAAUUGAGAGAUUAGUAUAUAGGGGUCUGAGAAAAAAGUACGUGUAUAUAACUGUUUUCAAUCAAUCAAUCAAAACGUAGAUAUUCUUCAUCUUCGGUUUAAAAUAUCUGCUUCGUCACAAACCCCUUGACAUUACCAAUACCUAGCACCUAUUCAUUAUCCCGAUAGCCAUCCUGUCUUCCCGUCGUCCUCCCAUCCUUAUCAAAAACCCUU